CACGAUUUAGUGAAUACAAUGUAACCUGGUAUCAUACAUUCGGAAACUAUUAUGUUGACCUCAUGGUGUCAUGAUAAGAUUGCGUAUUGAAAGCAACUAAUUACCGAACAUUACCUGAUUACAGGCAGUGUUUUCAUCACUAUGGACGCAAUGUUGUUUGAUGUCCAAUGCAUCCAGGUUUGGGGCAUUCAUCUCGUCGUACCUAUACUACUGGUCAUAUGCAUACAGCUCCUGUGGCACCAUUACAAUCUUCGCUUGGCUGAUCCGGCUAACAAACUGCCACUACCUCCCGGAUCUUUUGGACUACCCUUAGUUGGAGAGUCGUUCAGUUUCAUCUUAAAGGCAAAUUUUAUUCGAAUGAAAAGGCUGACUUUAGGAACAGUCUACAAAACACAUUUACUUGGUCGUCCUACCAUUCGAGUGAGCGGUCCAGAUAAUAUCCGUAAGGUGCUUAUGAACGAACACAAACUGGUGACGUCCCAUUGGCCUAAGGCAGUUCAGAACCUACUCGGGGAUGGCGCCUUAUCAAUGAUGACCAGCGGAACAUCACACAAGAAUCGCAGACGGCUUAUUACAAAAGCAUUUACCCAUGAUGCUUUAGAAGUAUACACUGAAGAUAUUAUUGCAGUUAUCAGAGAGGAAAUUUAUAAAUGGUGCCAGGAUAAAACAGUCAAAGCCUAUCCUAGUUGCCACCAUUUGACUUUCAGACUAGCCGCUGAAAUCUUAGUUGGAUUUCGAUUCUGCAAAGAAAAGAAUGACGAGCUGGAUUUCCAUUUUCAUAGAUUUGUGAAUAGCUUCUUUACGCUUCCAAUCAAUUUACCUGGAUUUAACUACAGAAAGGGAGUUGAGAGUCGCAACAAAAUCCACGAGCUUUUAGACAGUAACAUCAAAGAUCGUUGGGAGACCGACGCUUACAGUGUCAACACCCUUCAAGUCCUACUUGACGCAAUGAAAGACUCUGGUGAGGAACUAGACGUCUUGGGUGUCAAAGAAGCCGUUGUUGAGCUCAUGUUCGCUGGAUAUGAUACUGUCGGGAGCGCCCUAUGCUCUGUGAUUCUAAAGUUGGGGCAAAAUCCACACGUUUUGGAAAAAAUCAGGGACGAAUUGUUUGUUCAUGGUAUAUUGGAACCCUCGGAAGACGUGACGUUUGCGAUGGUUGGGAAGUUGCCAUAUUUGAAUAAUACUGUGAAGGAAGUGCUGAGGACGUGUGCACCAGCAGGAGGUGGAUAUAGAAAAGUCUUAGAAACGUUUGAACUUGAGGGAUACCAAGUACCAAAGGACUGGACUGUGAUAUUCAGUAUUCGUGACACCCACGAGCAUUCCGACACAUUUAACAAAGACCUCACCUUUGAACCUGACCGUUGGAUAAAUAUUGAGGACAAAAGCGUGGCGCACGAGUUCAUACCAUUCGGUAGUGGUCCAAGGACAUGUAUUGGGAGAUUUUACGCCCAGUUGGUGAUGAAACUUCUCAUAAUAGAAUUAUGUAGGAGCACAGAGUUCACAUUGUUGGACAAAGAUCCAGUGAUUAAGAUUUUACCAGUGUUCCAACCAAAGGGAGGGCUUCCGAUGGAGAUAAAGAAACGUACUGUAAUAUAUCAAAAUAAUAAUUUUAAUGCAAAAAUAUAAUCUACUAGGCAUCUACAAUUGUGCAUGACUGCAUGUGCUUGGAGUGUUAUCCAGUUCGGUAAUGUUGCGAAACACCAGUGAACUACAUGUUUUGUACCCUGUCUAGUUAUAGGAGACUUUAAGCUAGCGAUGUUUUUCACAGCGUAACCGUGAACGUAGUCAAUGAAUCAAUAGC